GUGAUAAUAUACUAUUAAUCCCGGAUGCAUUUCUAAUAUCAACAGUGCACACGUAACGUCAUAAUAAUCAGCUGAAAAGUGAUUGAUUUUUUGGGAAAAUCCGUAAAACCCAACGAUGGCAGAUAUUGAGGAUACUCACUUCGAGACCGGUGACUCCGGUGCAUCGGUGACCUAUCCCAUGCAAUGCUCAGCGCUGCGCAAAAAUGGUUUCGUCAUGCUGAAGUCACGGCCCUGCAAAAUUGUGGAAAUGUCCACAUCAAAAACUGGGAAACACGGCCAUGCCAAGGUACAUCUCGUUGGUAUUGAUAUCUUUACAUCGAAGAAGUACGAAGAUAUCUGUCCCUCCACACACAACAUGGAUGUACCAUUUGUUAAGCGAGAAGACUAUCAGCUGACAGACAUAUCUGACGAUGGUUACUUGUGCUUGAUGGCUGACAAUGGUGAACUCCGUGAGGAUCUGAAGGUCCCUGAUGGCGAAUUAGGUGCUCAGCUUCGUGCUGACUACGAGGCUGGAAAAGACAUACUCUGCACCGUUCUGAAAGCCUGUGGUGAAGAAGUGGUGAUUGCCAUCAAAACCAACACUGCCCUCGACAAAUAAUUGUGUUCAGUUAAAACCGUACACAACCUCACCCGCUUAGCCAAUCGACACCUCAAUCAUUGGUAAACAAGAAAAAGAAUUAAUAAGAACAAGAAGAAAUAAAUAAAUGAAAUUUGAAUAACGAGCCAAUAGUUCCAACCAACAUCAAAUCUCAGCAGUGGUUAAAAGAGGAAUAAUAAAACAACUUUUAAUUCAAGUAUAAACACCUGAAUCAUUUACCAAAAAAAA